AUGGGAUCACCAGAUUUUCCAACUUUAAGAUUGAUUUUGCCUAAGUUCCUCUACAUUAAGGGACAUUGUCUAGUCAGGUUUCUUUCUCAAAGACAACUUCUUAUUCGUAUGGAUCAAUAUGAUGAUUUUGUGGCUUCAUUAUUAAGAGGCGUGAAUUAUGUCAUGCACUACGGCAAAGAGCAUCAAAUUAGGAUUUUCCCAUGGACUAUUGGAUUCAACCCUAAGGAGGAGACUUCACGUGCGGCAGUAUGGAUUUCGUUUCCAAACCUAUCGACUGAUUUGUUUGCUAAGAAAUCUUUGCUUUCCAUUGCUUCAGUAGUCGGGAAACCUAUUACUGUGGAUAAGGUCAUGCAAGUGAGAUCAAUACCUAGCACGGCUAGGGUUAGGGUGAUCCUUGACUUAUUGGACAAACAUUCAGAUCGUAUUCAACUUCAAAGUGUGGACAAAGUUUCGAGCAGAAUUAUUGAUGAGUUUCAAGAGGUCGUGUAUGAUAAUUUGCCUCAAUAUUGCACCCAUUGUAAGCACCAAGGUCAUGAUGAAAAAAAGUGUCGAUUGUUAAUUGGAAAAAACAUAGUGGUUCAAAAAGAAGAUGUUGCGGCAAUGGAGAUUGAGGGAGCUUUGGUUGAGAAAUUGCAAGGAGAUGCACGUCGAGCAUUGGCUAGGGUGUUCGAAAACAUAGCUGAAAGCUCAAGGGUUAGAAAGGAAGAUGCUCUAGAUUUGCGUCCUAAUCCGAAAAGGAAUGAGGGUAUUCCGUCGAGUAAUAGUAAAACAGAGGUAGUCGAUUCUCUUAGUGGCAAUGAAAAUCAGGAGGUUUUGGUUGGAAAGGUGCAAGAGGUGGUGCAACCGGCCAAAAUCAGCAAGUUGCCUAGUUUUGGUGAUAUGGGUGUUGCAGUUUGGAGUUCGACGGUUUCCAAGAAAGCUAUGGAUUUGAACAAUGCUAGAGAUGAUGCUGAAAGUGAAGGAUGGAUAGUGGUCUCACGCAAACAAUCUAUUAGUCCUCAAAUUGUCAAAGAACUUAAUGUGACAAAGGAACAAGGCAUUGCAACAAAGCACAUUGUGUGUCCUAACACUUUUGAGGCUCUUUCAGGUAGAGAUGAGCACCAAUCUGGUUCGGGAUGUUCUAACCAUUAG